AUGUCGUCGGACUCCGACUCCUACUACUCGCGCGGCGGCGGCGGCGCCGACCACAGGAGCCUCCGCCAGAUCACCCGGGACCGUUUGUUAAACGAAAUGCUAAAAUCGACUCGGAGCAGCUCACGGUCGACAUGGAAGGUUCUGAUCAUGGACAGACUUACGGUCAAGAUAGUCUCCAACUCGUGCACCAUGACGGAUAUCACAGAACAAGGGGUUUCGUUGGUUGAGGACCUAUACAAACGGAGGCAGCCAUUACCAUCUUUGGAUGCGAUUUAUUUCAUGCAACCAACUCAAGAGAAUGUACGCAUAUUUAUUUCCGACAUGUCCGGGAAACAUCCAUUGUACAAGAAAGCCUAUAUAUUUUUCAGUUCUCCUGUACAGAAAGAAUUGGUGGAUCAAGUAAAAAAUAAUUCAAAGGUUCUAACACGCGUUGGUGCACUCAGUGAGAUGAAUCUGGAAUAUUUUGCUAUUGAUAGCCAGGGCUUUGUAACUGACCAUGACAAGGCUCUAGAAGAGCUUUUCACCGAAAGUGUAGAAGGUUCAAUGAAGUACAAUUCAUGUAUUAACACGAUGGCCACUCGUAUUGCUACUGUAUUUGCAUCAAUGAGGGAAUUUCCUCGUGUGCACUAUCGUGUUGCUAGGACGAUUGAUGCUUCUACUUUGACAACUGUACGGGAUUUAGUCCCCACAAAGCUUGCGGCUUCUGUGUGGAAUUGCCUGGCAAGAUAUAAAUCAGCAAUACCUGAAUUUCCUCAAACAGAGACAUGUGAAUUACUUAUUGUAGACCGAUCAAUAGACCAGAUCGCACCUAUCAUUCACGAAUGGACCUAUGAUGCAAUGUGUCAUGAUCUACUAUGCAUGGAUGGUAACAAAUAUGUACAAGAGGUCCCAAGUAAGAACGGUUCGGCUACUGAGAAAAAGGAGGUGUUGUUAGAAGAUCAUGAUCCCCUAUGGCUUGAGCUUCGGCACCUACAUGUAGCGGAUGCUAAUGAAAGAUUGCAUGAGAAGCUGACCAAUUUUAUAUCAAAAAAUAAAGCAGCUCAACUACACAAAGCAAGAUUUGGUCAAGAAACAAGAGGCGGAGAGCUAUCUGCAAAAGAAAUGCAAAAAAUGGUCCAAGCUCUUCCACAAUACAGUGAUCAAAUGGACAAGCUUUCACUCCAUGUUGAGAUUGCAGAUAAGCUCUUUGAGAUAAUCAAACAACAACAUUUGAAAGAUGUUGGCCAGCUUGAGCAGGAUCUUGUGUUUGGUGAUGCUGGGACGAAAGAACUAAUCGAUUUCUUUAGGACGCGUCGGGAUAUAAGUCGUGAAAACAAGCUACGUUUGCUAAUGGUGUAUGCUGCAAUUAACCCAGAGAAGAUCCAAAGUGACAAGGGGGGAAAGCUGAUGCAGCUGGCUGGAUUAUCUACUGACGACAUGAUCCCAGUGAAGAAUAUGCGUUGCCUAUGUGCUCAUGAUACUAAAAAGUCUUCAAGGAGUGGCUUUACUAUGAAAUUUGAAUUGCGUAAGAAAAAGCGUGGUAUUAGAAAAGAACGAAUAGGGGAAGACUCAACAUGGACGUUAUCCCGGUUUUAUCCCAUCCUGGAGGAGUUGAUCGAGAAACUUAGUAAAGGAGAGCUUCCAAAAGAUGAGUAUCAUUGUAUGAGUGAGCCUAGUUCUAGCUCCCGUGGAUUUUCAAGCAGCUCAUCCGCUCGAGCAAGCCCAGCUCAUCAGCCAGCUCAAUCCAUGAGGUCUAAAUGGACAGGUGGCACAUGGGCUAGGCCUAGAAACUCUGAUGAUGGCUAUUCAAGUGACUCUGUACUGAAGCAUACAUCAAGUGAUAUGAGAAAGUUGGGCCAGCGCUUAUUUAUUUUUAUCAUUGGGGGUGCUACCCGGUCUGAAUUGCGUGCUGCUCACAAACUGUCAUCAAAACUAAAGAGAGAUAUUAUCCUUGGCUCCUCUAGUCUUGAUGAUCCACCCAAGUUCAUGACUAAACUGAAGAUGCUAUCAACCGAGGAAUUUACAUUGGACGAUCUGCAGAUAUAACAAUAGGAAGGGAACUGACAGGUUCAGGUUUCAGAACGAUGAAACUGUCACUAAGAUUCAGAGAGAGAAAAUCGACUGUGUAAUUAUUAUCUACUAAAGUUGUCAGUCUCGGCUCUAGAUGUAGCUGAACAUUACACAGGGCAUAGGUUCUCAGGCUGGCUGGAGGGGCAUGCUAUUCACAUGGCAGGGCAAGCCCUCCGUUAGUUUCUCAUAAUUUAGUGUACAUAACAUUGGCUAGCGGGUGUAACAUAUCUGAUGACAAUUAUUACCAGUGAAUGGGGUGUUCAUUUUUGUUUA